AUGGCGACCAUGACAGAGACGAUGACCCAAACAAUCAAGAAGAAUCGUCUUCCAGCGGCCAAACUCGCCAAACUCGCACCAGAAAAUGAAAGAUAUAUGCGAGCAUGCGCCGACGUCGCCAACGCCCUCGUCGAAGACCACGAGAAGUCACAGCAAGCAGGAGCAGUACGGAAGGAUAUCAAUCUCAACUCACUCCGAGGACAAGUCGCAAAGAAGCACUUCCUAUCCCGCCAACCACCCUUGACAGAUAUCAUCGCAGCGGUGCCGGAGCAGUACAAGAAGUACAUCUUGCCAAAGCUCAUAGCGAAGCCAAUCAGGAGUGCCAGUGGAAUAGCUGUGGUGGCUGUCAUGUGCAAACCUCAUCGAUGCCCACACAUCGCAUAUACCGGCAAUAUCUGUGUCUACUGCCCUGGAGGACCAGACAGCGAUUUCGAGUACAGCACACAGUCAUAUACUGGCUAUGAGCCCACGAGCAUGCGAGCGAUAAGAGCGAGUGUGGACAAGGUGGAGUAUAUCAUCAUGGGCGGUACGUUCAUGUCGUUGGCCCCGAAGUAUCGGGAAGAGUUCAUCAGUCAGCUGCAUAAUGCUCUGUCAGGAUAUCAGACUAGCAACGUGGAUGAGGCUGUCAUGGCCGGCGAGCAGAGCACGACGAAGUGCGUUGGUAUCACAAUUGAGACGAGACCGGAUUACUGUCUUCCGCCACAUCUGACGGAUAUGCUACGGUAUGGUUGUACGCGACUGGAGAUUGGUGUACAGUCGCUAUAUGAGGACGUUGCAAGAGACACGAACAGAGGCCAUACUGUAAAGGCUGUCUGCGAGACUUUCGCUAUGGCCAAGGACGCAGGAUUCAAGGUCGUCUCACACAUGAUGCCGGAUCUGCCCAAUGUCGGCCUCGAACGAGACCUCUUUCAGUUCCAGGAGUAUUUUGAAAAUCCGGCUUUCAGGACAGAUGGCUUGAAGCUUUACCCAACUCUUGUCAUCCGAGGGACUGGCCUCUACGAGCUGUGGCGAACGGGUCGGUACAAGAACUACACACCCAACGUCCUUGUUGACCUUGUCGCCCGUAUCUUGGCCCUCAUACCGCCAUGGACACGUAUCUACCGUGUCCAGCGUGAUAUUCCUAUGCCACUCGUCACCUCUGGUGUGGAAAACGGCAAUCUGCGCGAGCUUGCGCUGGCUCGCAUGAAGGACUUUGGCACUACAUGUCGUGACGUUCGUACCCGCGAAGUCGGCAUCAACGAAGUCAAGCACAAGAUCCGGCCGAAUCAGGUUGAGCUCGUGCGACGAGACUAUGUUGCUAAUGGAGGCUGGGAAACAUUCCUUGCGUAUGAGGACCCGAAGCAAGAUAUUCUUAUCGCUCUGCUGCGCCUGCGGAAGUGUACGGAGAAGUACACAUAUCGUGAAGAGCUCACUGGACAGCCCACCAGUCUUGUUCGCGAAUUACAUGUAUAUGGCUCAGCCGUACCGAUUCACGAGCGUGUGAAAGGCAAGAGCCAGCAUCAAGGCUAUGGUACAUUGCUGAUGGAAGAAGCUGAGCGCAUUGCCCGCAACGAGCACGGCUCGACGAAGAUCGCUGUCAUUUCUGGUGUCGGUGUCCGCGGGUACUACAAGCGACUCGGGUACUGGCUUGAUGGUCCAUAUAUGUCGAAGAUACUCGGUGAGGAAGAUGAAGACAGUGACGAUGAUUAA